AGUUUGCCGGUUACUGCUUCUCUGCUAGUAUUUUCUUCUACUGAAGCUAUAGCCGUCAAGUGGAGUAACACUACCAAUGGGGAAGGGCGACGAUGCACUUCGCAGAAAGAAGAACAAGGUGAUCCGUAAGAGGAUGCAGAAAGACCCUUCAUCAGUUUCUUCCCGAGUGGCUGCUAUUAUCGCCGCCAAACAACGCCGCAAAUCCGGCAAACGUCGCAUGUGCGAGGGCAUGUGUUUUGGCCUUCCUACUCUAGAGGAUCCGUUCAAUGACAGACACGGGAAGAAGGAUGUCAACAUAAAGAAAGCCAAGACGGUACACUCUUCCCAACAGGAUAGAGGGUCUGCCUCUAAGAAGGAUUCUGGCGGCAGGAAUCCUGAAAAGUUAGAAAAUAGAAAACCCAAUAAGGAGACAGCUAUGAAUCCAAAGAAUGGGCAAAACAAGAGGGAGGGCCAGCCUCAAGCAGCCCCUUCGAAACCAGUUAAAGCAAAUGCCAAGCUCAUUGGGAAGGGUAGAGAGAUUCAUGCCAAAAACAGAGGGCUUUAUGGAAGCUCAGAUUGCCCAUCUAAAUUUCUUAUUAUGUGCUUGAAUGCAAUUCAGAAUGCAUUGCCGCAUGAUGGUACCUUGAAUGGAAAUAAAGACACGCCUUUGUUGGUUAACACGUGGGGAUUUGAGUUCUGGAAAUGUAGUUCUGCUGGAUUAGAUAUUCUGGAGACGACUGGAGCUUGUUCUACCACAGAUCAAAUUGCGUGGAUGGCCUCCACCGCAGCUGAUACUAUUGCGAGAAAGGAGAAAGAAGGUCUAUCUGUUGCUAGCCCUUUUCUCUUAUUUCUUGUUCCAUCGCAAGAGAAAGCCAUUAAGGUUCGGUCAGUAUGCAAACCUCUUAAGUCUCUUGGAAUACACACAGUGAGUGUACAUCCUGGUGCAUCACUAGAGCAUCAAAUUCAUGGGUUAAGGAGUUGUGAGCCUGAGUUUCUUGUUUCCACACCUGAGAGGCUUUUGGAGCUUAUUUCUUCGAAGGCUAUUGACAUAACUGGGGUCUCUUCAUUGGUUGUAGAUGGAUUGGAAGCUUUUGUUGAGGGAGAAUUUCUAGAGAAGAUAAAAUCCAUUAGACAAUCCAUUUCUGGAGAUCCACAAACAGUUCUUUUCAGUAAUUGCUUUGAACAUACCUCUUCUUCAGUGGUGCAGGAUCUUUUGGUGGGACCAAUCAAUCGAUUAUCUCUUAACAAAUCUACAACUAGUCAAAGUGCAUACAUUGUUCAGUACAUACAUAUGUCUGCCUCAGAAAGUGGAAAGCUAUCAGAGGGUAUUCAAAUUUUAGAUCAAUUUUGCAGCAUUCUACAGAAUUCAUUGCUAAAGAAGGUUCUAUUUAUAGUAGAAACAGAUAGCACUGCCCAGAUGUUACUUACUACUGUCAAGGCCAAGGGCUAUCCUGUUUUGAAUGACUCAAUUAAUGAUGGUUCACAAGUAGCUAACAGUGACAGGAGUAUAUUGGUCUGUGUCACUGAUAAGGAGCAUCUUUGGGCAACAGAUAUAGGGGAAUUUGAAGUCAUCAUAGUUAUUGAUUUCUUUUCAUCAAUGGAUGAUUACAUUAAAAUCCUCACAAGGAUGGCACGUCACACAGUCAAUGGAAUAUUACAUAGCUUCUUCAGCAGGGAAAACACACCACUUGCCAAACCAUUGAUCAAGAUACUUGAACAGUGUGGUCAGACAGUGCCCAUUGCCCUUAGAGACUUUUGUGCCCUGGAUUCAUAAUUUGAACAUUGAAGAAUAUUUAUGUUCACAUUGCCUCCA